AUGGAUCAAUACACCAACAAAUACCAUCCAGAUUUUGUUCCUGGGACAUAUAACAUUUAUUCAUCAUUAAAUUUAGAAAAUGGAGUUUUAUAUAAAUCAAAAUUAAAGAAACAAGGUGAUUUAAUCUUAAUUCCUCAACCUUCAGAUUCUCCAAAUGAUCCUUUAAAUUGGAGUAAAACAAGAAAAUAUUUGCAUUUUGCCAUUAUGGCAUUCAUUACAGCUUUUACUGCUGCUACUUCAAAUGAUGCAGGGUCCACUCAAGAUUCUUUAAAUGAAGUUUAUGGUAUCAGUUAUGAUGCCAUGAAUACAGGAGCUGGUGUUCUUUUCCUUGGUAUUGGGUAUGGGACAUUAUUCUUAGCACCUUUCUCUUAUCUUUAUGGAAGAAAAUUACCAUAUAUUAUUUCUAUCGGUUUAGGUUUAAUUGGUGCUAUUUGGUUUGGUUUUUCAAAAAGUACAUCUGAUACCAUUUGGUCACAAUUAUUUGUUGGUAUUAGUGAAUCAUGUGCUGAAGCUGCUGUUCAAUUAUCCCUUACUGAUAUUUAUUUCCAACAUCAAUUAGGUUCCGUGUUGACUGGUUAUAUUUUAAGUACAUCUGUUGGUACUUACCUUUCACCUUUGAUUGGUAAUUAUAUUGCCAAUAGAACAACCUUUAGAUGGGUUGGUUGGAUUGGUGCUAUUGUAUCAGGUGUUCUUUUAUUAGUUUUAUUCUUCGCUACUGAAGAAACUUUUUUCGAAAGAAAUAGAUAUGUUACACCUUUAUCAUCAAAACAAUCAAUCAAUGGUCUUGAUAACGGAACAACUUUGAAUUCAAGUGAACAUAGUGGUGAUAAUAAUGAUUUGGUUGAAGAACAUGAUUUGGUUGAAGAACAUGAUUCAGCUGAUGAAAAAACAGUUGAUGGGGAUGAAAAGAAAACUACAGUUAUCACUCGUUCUCAAAAAGACCCAGAAGCCACGGAAGAAUUAAUUGAUGGUUCCAAAGAAAAAAUGAACUCUUAUUGGAAAAGGGUUGCUUUAAUUACACCAGCUUCAAACUUGAAAGGUUGGGGGUUUAAACAAUAUUGGAAACAUAUUGUUAUUAACUUGAAAAUGUUUUGUUUUCCAGGUAUUAUUCUCUCAGGUUGUUUUUGGGGUAUGCAAAAUGCAUUUUUAUCAUUUUAUUUAACCACUGAAGAUACUUUUUUCUAUGAUCCUCCAUAUAAUUAUUCAAAUGCUGGUGUUGCUAUGAUGAACGUUCCAUGUUUAAUCGGUGCAGUUAUUGGAUGUGUUUAUGCUGGUACAAUCAGUGAUUAUAUCGUUUUGUGGAUGGCUCGUCGUAAUAACGGUGUUGUUGAAGCUGAGUUUAGAUUAUAUUUCAUCUCAUUAACCGCAAUUUUUGGAUCUGCUGGUCUAUUAAUGUUUGGUAUCGGUGCUGAUCGUAUGCUAGCUCGUCCUGUUAUGUACAUUGGUUUAGGUUUCAUUGGGUUCGCAUACGGUUCAGCAGGGGAUAUUGCCCUUGGUUAUGUCAUGGAAGCUUCUGAAUUAGUUUUAGAAUCCAUGGUUUGUGUUGCUGUCAUUAAUAAUACUAUCAGUUGUAUUUUCACAUUCACUUGUUCAUUAUGGUUAGAAGCUUCAGGAACUGAAAAUACUUAUAUUGCAUUAGCAGUUAUCAACUUUGGUGUUUCUAUGUUGGCAAUCCCAAUGAUCAUCUGGGGUAAAGAUGCUCGUAGAAUGACUAAAAAAUGGUAUUUAGAAUUCUUGGAAGUUAGAGAUGGUAUAUGA